CAAGAUGGCGCUCUGAGUGGACGUGUUUCUCUGAGCUCCGCAAACCGAACUGUUUUCCAUAUUGUUAAAGAGUGUACAAAACGGACUUUUUGCUUUUAGUUCAUGUACCGCGUUUGUCCGGCUGUAUUCUGAUUACCUUUGCUGGUAAAAUGAAGCCUCAGGAGAAGAGGAAAAGCGGCGCUAAAAAAGCGCUUGCUAGUACGUGUUCUACUAACAUGACUGAAACGUUAGCUCCCACUGAGCAGUCAGAUACAAACAACAUGCUCAUUGACAACAUGCACGACUACCUCGAGUCAGACACGGAGGUACUGAAGGUCUCGUUAGUGGAUGACAAUUUUCCGCAACUUCCCAUCACCCCGGUUAAAUCACCUGCACCUAAAUGGAGACGUGUGGAAGAUACGACAACUACCGCAAUCCUCUCCCAGCUUUCCUCCCUCUCUCAGCUGAUAAACAGCAGGUCAGAUGCCUUGGAAAAGUUGGUCAGUGACAACUCCUUGGUGAUUGCCGAAGUGAAGAUGGCAGUUACAGAAAACACCAAGCAGAUCGCCGGUAUUAAAGAUUCAUUUGAUGCUGUUUGUGCUGAAGUAAAAAGCGUUAAAGAGAGAGUUGACCGCUGUGAAUCGCUGAUUGAGGCUUGCAAAGUUAAUACUGACAAGACUGAGCAGCGUGUUUCUCAAUUAGAAGCGUACUCCCGACGCUGGAAUCUCAAGCUCCACGGCCUAGAAGAAAACGAUCAGCAGGAUCUGCGACAUGAGAUUAUCAAGAUAUGCCAGGGUCUGCUUCCAGAGGCCAAAACCAAGCUUCCAGAUGCCAUAGACGUCAUUCACCGCCUCGGCCCCAGGAAGCCUGGUAACAUUCAACCGAGAGGUGUCAUCGUGCGCUUCUCUUCCAGAUUCUACCGUGAUGCCGUGUGGCGCUCCGCAAAGAACUCCGGCUUCCUGAAGACCAAAAACCUGAAACUGGCGGAGGACUUGUCAGCAGAGGACAGAGAGAAAAGAAAGAAACUGUGGCCCGUUGUUGAUCAGGCUCGGAAAGAUGGCAAGCCAGCUUUCUUCGUGGGCGGUCGUGCUUUUGUGGGUGGAAAGGAAAUUCUCCCACCUUGAGACUUUGUAGAUGAGGAAUCACACUCAAUUGAACAGGAUGCUAACUUUUGGAAAUCACAGUGGGGG